AUGGCUGACGAGACAGCCAGGCCUCUGCUGGACAGUGAUUCCAGGCCAGGCUCUCCUCAUUCCUUCCCAUCACCAAAGGGUGGUGUAAAGACAGCUUCUCUCACUUAUCAGGAGCCUCGACCUUACGAAUUAUCCGACGAAUCCGCUCCUCUCCUACAUCGCCGGGAUGACGAUGAUUUUCUGGGGUACGGCGGGACCGACCCCAGAAACCGACGUGCUUCCGAGCCGUCACGCCCACUCUCUCCUGACACGGCCUUGAAGAAACGACGUGGUAGAAUUCAAUGGCCAAUCCUCUGUGCCAUGACCUCAAUUCUUGCGGUGGCUGCAAUUUUGGUCUUCGUUUUCAUUGCCCCAGCAGCUGUGAAGGAGUAUGUCAAGGAUGCGACAGUCUUCAAGCCCACCAAUAUAUCAAUCGAAUCGACGACUACCACCGGAGUUCGCGCGCGUAUACAGGGGAACCUGAAUCUGGAUGCACGGCGCAUUCGGAAAACACCGGUGCGAAACCUAGGUCGUUUCGUCACUUGGAUCGGAAGAGAGGUUGAAACAGGGGAUUCCGAGGUGGAAGUCUUCCUACCCGAGUACGGGAAUGUUCUGGUGGGCACAGCUUCUCUCCCACCACUCAAGAUUAACAUCCAGAACGGCCAUAUCAACCAUGUCGAUUUCAUUGCGGAUCUGGUCGCAGGUGAUGUUCAAGGCAUUCGAUCAGUGGCUUUAGACUGGCUAGACGGUCGACUGGGCCGCGUUCGUCUAGACGGACGAGCAACCAUGCAUCUCAAGUCCGGCUGGUUAGACUUGGGUGCACAGACGAUUACUGACUCAAUAUUUUUGGAAGAAGGCGACCUGCCUCCAUUGCCCACGGUCAAUGUGACCCAUUUCAACGUCCACGAUGCAGAUACCCCUGGAGACAAAGGAGCCAUGGUUGUGGAAGCCUCUGUGGCUGCUAUGAUUGAAUCUCCUUUCUCCCUGAACAUUCCAUCUCUCGGCUUCACGGUGCUUGUGCCCAACUGCUCACCAGGCGAUCCUUACAUCGCAGUGGCCGGUGCCAUGACUGAAGGAUUCCCAGUCAUUCCCGGUCAGCCGACUCUGAUUAGUGUCAGCGCCCUCAUUCGAGGUCUACCAGAUGACUUGACGACGGCUUGCCCGGGGAUGAAGAACUCUCCAUUCGACUUUCUCGUCAAAAGCUACGUCAAUGGUUCGGGAACGACAGUUUACGUUCGUGGGGCUGAUGCUCCCUCGCUGGAUACUCCGGACUGGAUGGUAGACGUGCUGAAAACUGUGACAGUACCGUUCCAAUUCACUGGCCAUGCUUUGGACAAUCUUGUGCGGAAUUUCACCAUGUCAGACGUGCACUUUAGCUUGCCAAACCCUCUGGCUGAGCCAGACUCGCCUGAGUCCCGGCCAACGGUCUCUGCCCUGGUUAAGGUUUUGGUAGGGCUGCCGAAAGAGCUGGGUCUCGAAUUCGAUGUGCCCCGGGUCCGAGCCAAUGCCGAUGUCUUCUACCUCGGUCAGAAGGUUGGGGUCCUGGAUCUUAUGAAGUGGCAACCGGCCAAUUCAACCUUGCUGGACGAUAUCGACGGCAAGCCGGCCGUGCUGGUUGAUUUUGCCAUCAAGAGCGCUCCGCUGGAAGUGACCGAUGACGAAGUUCUGACGGAUCUUCUCCAAGAUCUCAUCUUUUCUGGUCACACCGUGAAGCUCAACGUGACAGCGACUGUAGAUGCUGAGGUUGCCACGGGACUCGGAAUCUUGACGGUCCGUGAGAUUCCAGCAACAGGACAAUUUGUUGUCAAGCCCCCGUACGGUGGCUCUCUCGAUCAAUUCAAGCCACAAAUUGAGUCGCUUGAAUUAGGCGAUACGAGUGCGUCGUCACUUCUCGUGAAAGCGAAAGUCAAUGUUACGAAUCCUACGCCGUAUGCUGCUUCGGUACCCUUCAUAGAUUUUGUAAUGUUCUUCAAUGGCUCGAGAGUAGCCCACUUGACGGCGAAAGACGUUGAAAUAAUUCCUGGGAUGAAUAGCGGCCUUCGCGUGGAUCUUUCAUGGAGUCCUCUCGGCCUUGACGGACCAACUGGCGCUAGUGCUGGGAGGGAUCUCUUGUCCCAGUAUAUUUCAGGGUCAAACACCACAGUCACUGUGCGCACACACGAGAAGACUAUUCCGGCAUUACCUGGACUAGGAAGGGCGCUUUCGAGAUUAGCUCUCGAAGUGCAGAUCCCUCAUGUGCCCGUUCCUCAGGCUCCGGGGCACGAGCCUGAUGCAGGCAACGGAUCGAUGGGAUUCAUACAGGGUGCUACGAUGCACUUGUGGUCAUCGACGGCAGAGUUCACACUCUCUUCACCCUUUCCCAACACAACUAUUGAGAUCACUUCAGUUGAUGCUCAGGCGUUAUAUCAGGCGGAGGAUGAAGAGGCCGAGGUCGGCUCGAUUGACUAUCGGAUACCGUUCCCAGUGCCUCCAGGCGUAUCUGUAACUCCGCGGAUGCCAGUGGAUCUCAAACUGGGUGGGAUUGGUUAUGAUGCCCUAAAACGAGCCCUUGGCGGGUCUCUGAAACUGGACGCCGUGGCUAAGGUAGGCGUGCAGAUUGAGCAUUAUAGAGAUUGGGUGAAGUACCAUGGCAAGGGCAUCAAAGCGAAGCUUUGCAACAUGGAAAAGUCACUGGCGCUGUGCCACUAA